AUUCCGUUUUAUAAAAUUUGAGGAAAAGCGCGGGAGUGACGUGGAAAUUGCAAUGACAGUGGUCUAAAUAUAUCCGGCGCGGCGUCGCGCGUAGAGCUGGCAGCGCGCCUCAGUCGAGAUCUGACCGCCGCGAGUCACACCCGAACGAUAACGAAACAGCAAUCAUGGUUUACGAAAGUGACUUUUAUACCACCCGCCGCCCUUACAGGCCGACGUCCACCUACAGCAGCCUCACGACGUUGCCCUUGAGUCCGUUGACCUCCAUCUACUACCUUUCGUCUUCGUUUCUACCCUUCACGACCUACCACGACCCUUACGUCACGUACAUACCGCGACUCUCACAGGCGGAAUUAAUAUAUCGUCCGACGGCUCGCAGCGUGACUCGACUCGUCACAUACCCAGAGGCGCCGCACCACGUGGUCCGCGUGCGCGUGCGCCCUUCGGUGGUGCUCCGCGAACUAGACCGCAUCAACUACCGCCACCGCCCGCAGCUCGCAGUCACAGCGCUCGAUGAGUUCUACAAUGCAGAGACUACUAAGUAUUUCGAGGAUGAAAAACGCCGCAUCCGUGCCGAUACCGCGUCGCUUCUUGCCCGCGCCCGGUCCGUGGUGCCUCGUGCUAAGUCCCUCGCACCCCUGGACACAAUUUACUCAUAUUCCUAUGGUGAGCCUGUGCCAUACCGUUACAGCAGCGAUGCUUAUAUCGCUGGACUACCACCGUCUCUACGCAGCGUCGUCCACCACAUCAACAACAUAUCUUUCUACAAGUACCAGGAGCCCCCGAAAAAGUUCACAGGACGCGGCCACCUCGCGUGUCUGCACUACGCCGGCAAUAAAGCCUUCUCCAACCGCCGACCCCUCUACAAGGAGUUGAGCAUCAGGGAUGACGUCAAUCUGCUGUCGUUCUAUGCGAAAAACAGGCUCGCCGCCGCCGGCCUGGCCGACAACGCGGUCACAGUGAAACUGCAGCCGUGGAGGCCGAGCCGCAAGUUCCAGGCUCCUAAGACGAUGGAGGAUCCUUCGGAGGAGCUGAAGGCGGCUAAGGCGGAGAGGGAGGCGAGAUUCCGAGCUACAACAGCUGAGCCUGUGCUGACACCUUCGGCGGACCUGGCGGAGAUCAAGAGGAAGAGGCAAGAGGAAGCUCGCGCAGCUGAGGAGAAAGCUUUAAAGGAAGAAGCGAAACGAGACGCGGAACGCAAAGCCCAGGCUGAGCGCGAAGCAGCAGAAAAGAAGAAGGCCGAAGAAGAAGCACGCAAGGCCGAGGAAGCCAAGCGCAAGGCCGACGAAGAAGCUCGCAGGGCCGAGGAAGAAGCCCGCCAAGCCGAAGAGGCCCGAUUAGCAGAGGAAGCACAGAAGGCCGAGGAGGCCAGAUUAGCAGAAGAAGCCAAAAUAGCCGAAGAGGCGCGUUUGGCUGAAGAGGCUAAAAAGGCAGAAGAGGCUAGAUUAGCGGAAGAAGCACGUCUAGCGGAAGAAGCUCGUCUAGCAGAGGAAGCCAAGAAGGCUGAAGAAGCCCGUUUGGCCGAAGAGGCCCGUUUGGAAGAAGAAAGGCAAGCGGAGGCCCGGAGGCAGGAGGAACUCGCUCGCCUUGAAGAGCUGGAGAAACAGGCUCAGGAUGAGCGAGAGGAUGAACUCGCAAGACAGGCGGCUGAAUUAGCGGAAAUCGCGAGACAAGAAUCAGAACUAGCCGCCGCCCGUUUGGAAGAGCUCUCACACAGCGGCUCCGCGGCUGAAGUACCCGAAGCUGAGGCCGAGUCCCAAGAACCCGAGCCCGUUGUGGAAGAGCCCGAAUCCCCCGUAGACGAGCCCGCGCCCGCCGAAGACCCCGUCGAGGCCAGUGAAGACGAAAAGGCAGAGCCUGACGUCACGGACGAAGAAUAAACUAAACUCCAUCAUUGUUAACAUGAAGGGAUACUUCGAGCAACACCGAGGACACACAGCAAUAUCUUACUGUACAAAAAUCUCUGCCAUUUUUUUAAGGAGGAACACGUGCACACAUACAAAAUUGAACCGAAAUCGACACAUGCGUAGAUGAUUGACAAGAGUUACAAACAAAUCUAGCACACCUCAAUCUGUGUUUGUGCGGACGAGUAAAUAGACGCAUAUCGCGCUCAUUACUCUCUCAC